AGCCGACUGCGAGGAAGGGGGUUAAGAUGGAGAACUGACAGCUGAAGACCGGCAGAAGGCAGCUCCUCCCUCCCCGUCCGCCAGCAGCCAUGGCAGGGCUCAAACGUCACCACGAUGGGAAGAUUGCCGGGCUGUACGACCUGGACAAGACGCUGGGCCGCGGACACUUUGCUGUGGUCAAACUGGCCCGCCACGUGUUCACCGGGGAAAAGGUCGCUGUGAAGGUGAUAGACAAGACUAAACUGGACCCGGUGGCACGAGGUCACCUUUUCCAGGAGGUGCGAUGCAUGAAGAUGGUGCAGCACCCCAACGUGGUGCGACUCUACGAGGUCAUCGACACGGCCACCAAGCUCUACCUCAUCCUGGAGCUGGGUGACGGAGGAGACAUGUACGACUGCAUCAUGAAGCACGACGGAGGCCUCAGUGAAGAGGUGGCCAAGUGCUACUUUGCCCAAAUCGUCCACGCCAUCUCCUAUUGCCACCGGCUGCACGUGGUGCACAGGGACCUGAAGCCGGAAAACGUGGUUUUCUUCGAGAAACAGGGCGUCGUCAAGCUCACCGACUUCGGCUUCAGCAACCGGUUUCAGCCUGGGAAAAAAUUGAACACCUCUUGCGGCUCACUGGCCUACUCGGCUCCUGAGAUACUGCUGGGGGACGAGUACGACGCUCCCGCUGUGGAUAUCUGGAGUCUGGGGGUGAUCCUGUUCAUGCUGGUCUGUGGUCAGCCCCCCUUUCAGGAGGCUAACGACAGUGAGACGCUCACUAUGAUCAUGGACUGCAAAUACACCGUUCCUCCACACAUCUCCACUGCAUGCAGAGAUCUUAUAGGCCAUAUGCUGCAGAGGGACCCCAAGAAACGGGCGACCCUAGAGCAGAUUGAGGGCCACCAGUGGCUUCAAGGUGUGGACCCCUCCCCGGCCACCAAGCUGUCCACUCCUCUGGUGUCCCAUCGCAGCUUGUCUGAGGAGGAGCACGGCUCCAUUAUUCAACGCAUGGUGUUGGGGGGCAUCGCAGACAGAGACGCCAUAACUGAGGCUCUAGAGUCCAACCAGUACAACCACAUUACAGCUACCUACUUUCUGCUGGCUGAGAGGAUGCUGAGGGAGAGACAUGAGAAGGAGCAACACAGCCAGACGCGAUCUCCCAGUCCGAGCAAGGCCCAGUUCAGGCAGUCUUGGCCCACCAGAGUGGAUGUUCACCAAGAUGUCAGUGAUGGUUUGGGGGGUCCAACUAUCUCCCACCCUGGGGGGCCCCAGUCCCCUGCUCGAAGUGCUGAAAGCCUCCACAAAGGCCCGAGGCCCAAAACAGCUCUGCUGGACCUCACCCAGCGACAGGAGAACCUCACUCCAGCAUCCAGCCAGCAGCAGCCUGGCAGACAGAACCAGGAGAGGGGGCUCAGGUCUCUGCCAAAGCCCCUCUCCAACCCCCUCAGGCUGGGCUCUCUGGCCUCAGUGGGCCCUUGCAAACCUCGCAGUCCCAGUCUUUUCAGUGUGGAAGAGGAUGAGGAAGAGGACGGGGCAGAAGACAAAUGUUUGUCCUCCUCCACACUGCCUGCUCAGGUGGUGCUUCGUUGCAAAGCCUCCUCAUCAUCAUCUUCGGGUAAUCGACUGACAUCACGAAUGAGUGCUCCGGUUCUUAACCAGAUCCAUGAGGAGGAUAAAGAGGAUGAGGAAGAGGACGAGAGGAGGGAGCUGCAUGGACUUGGUCCACCCAAACCGAGCCUCAGCCUCAAUCUGAACUCUAGGAUACCAUCACCUUCAACGCUCAUGUCAUCACCCAACACUGUUGGUGUAACAGCUCCAGUUGCCACUUUCACUCCGAGCUCAGAGACUAGUGAUGAUGACACAGAAAGUCACUUUAAACCAGAUACAGUAACUGUAGAUGGACAAGGGGAUGAAAGAGAAGGGAGGAAAGAGGGCAGAGAGAAGAAAGGGGCAGGACAAGGCAGUCCCUCCAACUGUGCCAGUCCUGGAUCAGGGUCAGGCCAAGGUAAGGGCACAGCCAAAGCUGCCAGCGGCCUGGUGGAAAGCCUAAAGCUGAUGAGCCUGUGCCUGAGCUCUCAGUUCCACAACCUGACAGGAGGUGGAGGUGGAGGUGGUGGCGGCGGCAGCGGUGGUGUCGGUGGGGACUCACAGGACCGCCCCAUGUGGAGGAUGUGUAUGGGUGGCUCCACUGGCAGCUUGGAUAAGGUCUCACUCUUGGGUGGCCCUUCGCCCAGGGGGAACCUUUACCAGCAGCCGCCGCUGGGAGAUGCUCUGGCAGACCCACUGCUGGAGGGUCCCUGCUCGGGCACCUUGAGGCUGGGAGAGCUGGACCUGGCCAGGGAAAACCACAGGAAUAUGAAGAACCGUGUGCUGCAGAUGCCUCUGAGCGACAAAACUCUGUCCGUCAACAUCCACCGGAGCCCCAAGGAGGGUCUGCUCUGCACCCCCACCCCACACAGCUGCUGCCAGGUCAUCUAAAGCGGAGGCAGCAGCUCCAUCGGCUGCUGCUCCUCCACACUCCUCCACUCACAUUCAUACAUCCCUUAUUAUCCUGCUUUCAUUUCAGUUAUGUCACCACUGGCUCAUGAAUUCAGGUUUGUGUUUUUUUUUGUUUGUUGCGGUUUUGCUGUUUUCUUUUGUUUAAUGCUUAACGGUGGAUAACUGUUAGAAGGCCAAAUGCCAAAAUUGCACAUUUAGAGACACGAAAAAUCUCCACGGAGGAGACUGGGUGCAACGCCAAGUCUGUGAAGCACUU